AUGGAGUACGAGCGCGGAGGCAGAGGCGGAGGCGGGCGGGGCCGCGGAGGUGGCGGCGGGUACGGGCUGCAGCACGGAGGCGGCGGCGACGGCCGCAGCGGUUACAGGCCCCGCGGAGGCGAGUACGGCGGUGGCGGAGGGGGUUACGGGCACGACGGAGGAGGCUACCGCGGGGGCCGUGGAGGCGGCGGUUACCACCAAGGGCCUCGCGGAGGCGGAGGCGGAGGCGGCCGCGGAGGGCGCGGCGGCCAGGCGUACGGGCCCGGCGGCGGCCGUGGCGGCAACGCGUGGGCGCCGGCGCCGGGUGCGGGGAGAGGUCGUGGAGUUGGCGGCGGCGCGGCCGAGUACGCCCCCGUCAGGGGGCCCGCGCCCGCGCCUGCGCCUGCGGCGAGGGCGGUUGCGCUUGCGCCCAAAGACAAGGACGCGCCGAGUUCGUCGGGAUCCGUUGAACGCAUCGCAUCCAGUGAAUUGGCCAGAGUAGAACCACUAGCAUCCACACUAGCUGCCACAUCUUCUGUUGGCACACGAGUGCCAAUGCAGAGACCUGAUUCUGGAGGUUCAUUAUCUCAAGCAAAGGUCAAACUUUUGGUGAAUCACUUCAUUGUCAACUACCGAGAGGUGACAACUAUUUUUCACUACGACAUAAACAUCAAGCUUGAUGAAGCUUCCUCCAAGGCUUCAGGCAAAGAACUCUCCAAGGCAGAAUUUCUUUCUGUCAAGGAUGAACUCUUCAGGGAAAGCAGUUUACGGCGUCUUUCCUCAUGUGUUGCUUAUGAUGGCGGAAGAAAUCUCUACACUUCUGCUGAACUGCCAGCAGGUUUAUUUCGUGUGAGAGUUCGAUCAAAGACCUACAUUGUAUCAGUAGAUUUGAAGAAGCAGCUGCCAUUAAGUCAACUCUCAGAGUUACCUGUGCCUAGAGAGGUCUUGCAGGGUCUUGAUGUUGUUGUGCGUGAGGCCUCCAGAUGGCGCAAGAUUAUCCUUGGUAGAGGAUUUUACUCACCAAGCAGCAGUGUAGACAUUGGGCAGGGUGCUGUAGCUAUGAAAGGAACCCAACAGACCCUUAAAUACACUCAGCAAGGGCUGAUCCUGUGUGUUGACUAUUCAGUUAUGCCAUUUUACAAAGCUGGGCCAGUGAUGGAUAUUGUUCAGAAAUUAGUGCCCCACCUUGAUUACCAGACAACACUGAACAAGAGGCAAAUGGGAAAUCUGAUUGAUGAGCUCAAAGGCCGACGUGUGACUGUGAUUCAUCGGAGGACUAAUCAGAAGUACACAGUGCAAGGCUUGACACCCUUACCUGCCAGCCAGAUGACCUUUGUGGAUGCUGAAUCCGGCCAAACAAAGAGGCUUGUGGAUUAUUAUGCUCAGAAACAUGGCAAGGUGAUUGAGUAUCAGAUGCUGCCAUGCUUGGAUUUGAGCAAGAGCAAGGACAAACCGAAUCAUGUGCCAAUUGAGCUCUGCACUCUUCUUGAAGGACAGAGGUUUCCAAAAGCAAACUUGGAUAAGAAUUCUGAUAGGAUACUAAAAGGGAAGGCUCUAAUUCCUGCAUCUAAUCGGAGGAAUGAGAUUCAAGACUUGGUGAAUGCUUCGGAUGGACCUUGCAGCGGAGAAAUUGCACAGCAAUUUGGGAUUUCCUUGGAUGUGCGAAUGACAGAAGUCACGGGUAGGAUACUUCCCCCACCAAACCUCAAACUUGGGGCAUCCAAUGGCCAGACCUCCAAAUUAAGUAUCGAUCAGAACUGCCAGUGGAACCUUGUGAAGAAGAGACUAGUAGAGGGCCGGGAUCUUCAGUGCUGGGGCAUCGUUGACUUCAGUGCUGAGCCGUCUCACCCCUGGCAGGAGCCCCUCAAUGGAUGGAUGUUUGUUGAGAAGAUUGUGAAGAAGUGCUGUGAGCUUGGUAUCCGUAUGAACUCUAAUCCAUGCUUCGUACACACAUCAAAGAUGGCAGUGCUCUCCGAUCCACAUCGACUUCAGGAGGAGCUAAACAAAGCAAAACAGGCUGCAGUGAGCAAGAAGCAGAGGUUGCAGCUCCUUUUCUGCCCGAUGUCCGAGCAGCAUCCAGGGUACAAGACACUGAAGCUGAUUUGUGAUACACAGCUGGGGAUACUGACCCAGUGUUUCCUGAGCGACCGCGCAAACAAGCCAAAUGGGCAGGACCAGUACAUGACCAACCUUGCUCUCAAGAUUAAUGGCAAGCUUGGGGGCAGCAACGUUCAGCUGUUUGACUCGCUCCCACGGGUCGGUGGUCGGGCACCUUUCAUGUUCAUCGGUGCUGACGUUAACCACCCGUCACCCGGGAACGUGGAGAGCCCAUCAAUCGCUGGCGUGGUUGCGUCUAUGAACUCCAGUGCCAACAAGUACGUGUCAAGAAUCCGUCCCCAGCCACACCGCUGCGAGGUGAUCCAGCAGCUUGGUGAGAUCUGCCUGGAGCUCAUUGGAGUCUUUGAGAAGCAAAAUGGCGUGAAGCCGCAGAAGAUCAUCUACUUCCGUGACGGCGUGAGCGACGGCCAGUUCGACAUGGUCCUGAACGAGGAGCUGGCUGACCUGGAGAAGGCGAUCAAGGUGGAUGGCUACGCGCCGACCAUCACUGUGAUCGUUUGCAAGAAGCGGCACCACACGCGGCUGUUCCCCAAGGACCGGGGCCAGCCGCAGACGAAGAACGGGAACGUGCCGCCUGGCACGGUGGUGGACACGGGCGUGGUGGACCCGUUUGCCUACGACUUCUACCUGUGCAGCCACACCGGUAUUCUGGGGACGAGCAGGCCGACGCACUACUACAGCCUGGUGGACGAGCACGGCUUCGGGUCUGACGACCUGCAGAAGCUGAUCUACAACCUGUGCUUCGUGUUCGCACGGUGCACCAAGCCGGUGUCGCUGGCGACGCCCGUCUACUACGCUGACCUCGUGGCGUACCGUGGCAGGGUCUACUACGAGGCAACCGUGAUGGCGUCCCAGCGAGGGAUGGGGUCGGCUUCUUCGGCAUCCUCGACCUCCUCUGCUGGGACUUUUGACUUCACUAACUUCCCGAGGCUGCACAAGGACGUGGAGGACAACAUGUUCUUCAUCUGA